AUGUCAACCCUUACAGGUGUCACCGUUUCAGAUCCUCCAGAAGAGAUCGGAGUAGAUCUCACCGAAUCGGAAGUACUCUACGCAAAAGGAAGGGAACUCGUGGCCAAGAGGAAAACCGCAAAUCAUCACUUGAGGAUCGAACACAUCUCCGCUGACAAUGUCGGAGAGUACAAUUGCACUUUGCGGCUUUACAAAAAGGACUUCCGCACGAAGAAGUUCUCCGUCGUUCUUGGAUCGGAUCCGCGGCUCUCUUCAGCGGAGAGGAUUUCGCUCACACUUUCUAUUAGCUGCAUAAUUCUAGUUAUGAUCUCGUUAAUAGGGUGA